AUGCCCACGCUGGGUGUCACAGCUGGGCGCAGUCAUCAAGCACCACCACCUCAACAUGUGGCCAUUGCUCUGCAUCAUGGGUUUUCUGCCAGUGGCAAUUUUGCCCCUCAGGGAACAGUUGGAAAUAUCUGGAGACCGUGUUUGUCACAAUUUGACUAUGGUCUCAACAGAAAACCACAGCUCAUCCACGAUAGCAUGGUUAGAGCCAAGAUGGCAGAGGACUGCACGUGGCUCUUCGCUCUCAGAAGGCCCUGGAAGCUACCACAGCAGGUACUCAGAAAUGACUUGAUAGCUCAUGCGAAAGCCCGCUUACAAAAGCAGGACCUUGGGGUCAAGUAUUCUCACUUGCUGCCUAACAAAUACGCCAUCCUUAUACCACUGCUGGCUAAAGACGGGAUACUGCAUCUGUUGUUCACCCUGCGGUCAGAGAAGCUAAGAAGGUCACCCGGAGAAGUUUGCUUCCCUGGAGGCAAGCACGAACCUACAGACGUGGAUGAUGUCGCCACGGCUCUCCGGGAAGCCCAGGAAGAGGUGGGGCUGUGUCCCCAGCAAGUGGAGGUCGCCUGCCACCUGGUGCCAUAUGUGAUUGAUAAAGAUACAAUGAUAAUCCCAGUUGUCGGAUUCUUAGACCACAACUUCCAGGCCCAGCCUAAUCCUGAUGAAGUGAAGACAGUGUUUCUGGUACCCCUGGAAUAUUUUCUGCAUCCACAUGUCUACCACCAGUAUCAGCUGACACGGGCUGGUCUUCAAUUUCUAUUUCAUUCCUUCGAGUACACAAACCCUGAAGAUGGUGUGACUUAUCAUAUCAAGGGAAUAACAGCAAAGUUAGCAGUGCUAGUGGCCUCAAUAAUUCUGGGGGGAAAACCUGCAUUUGAGGUUGACUUUAAUCUCAAUGAUCCAGUAUUAUCCACUGAAGAGUCUUUCCUGAAGGUUCAUAAACAUUUUACAAGCAACUUAUAAUAAUAAUAACAGUCAAAUAAUAAUCUAACAGGGUUUUGUGUAUGGCCAUCUAUCAAAUAACAUUCAUGCUGACUGCUGGAAUUUGACAAGCACAAAUAUUUUUCAGCAAUAUCAAGGUAACAACUUUGUUUUUUCUGGUUGUCCUCUAUUACCUGAAAGAGCAAGUCUUUCAGAAGUGGAAUGUUGUGUUUAUAACAUCACACAAUUUUGCCCACAAAAUGUUAAUAAUAUUUUUCAUAUAAAAAGAUAUCUGGUUCACAGUUGGCCAGUAAUUGACUAGAUGACAAUGUGAUAUAUUUGUCUUAUAUGAUAAUUGAUACUGGAGGUAAUAUCUCUUUCUGCCUAUUGUUACAUGGGAUGGAAACUCCCCACCUGUCAUCAAAAUCUAUUCUCCCAGCCCUCCACAGUGGCGCAGCAGGUUAAAGUGCAGCACUGCAAGCAAGCAGUGUCCGCUGCUCCCCUCAGCAGUGCACUUUGCUGA